AUGGUCAAAAUCGCUUCCAUUACACUUGCUGUUCUCAGUGUCAUUGCGCCUCUCGCGGCCGCCGACAACUGCAAGACCGGCCUUAACUACUGUGGUUACAACUUGCUCAACAUCGGAAAAUAUUCCGCGCAAGUGAACGGUGCCCUGGAGGCCGCCAACCAACCCACCGAUUACGGCCACAUUCAUGAAUCUCUGUUCCAUUGCAACGGAGGAGAGAACGGAGAUAUCUCCUACAUCACCUACUGUGGCGGCGGCUGCAAGGAUGGUGGAUCGGGCAAGAGCGAUUAUUGCUAG